AUGGGUGCCGUCUUUUCUUGCAUCAGAGACCUCUUCCGCUCCAUCGGAGCCUGCAUCAUGGGCGUCGUCAACGCAAUCGCCUCUGGCAUCAAGGUCGUUAUCAAUGGUAUCGUCUCGGUCCUCGGCGUCCUCGUCUCCUGCCUUACCUGCGGCUAUGUCGGACGGAGGAGGAGGGCCUCUACACGCACGCAUCACAGAACGAGAAGGGUCUACUAG